AUGGGCCCCGAGGAGGCUGCUCUGCUCACGCAGCCUGAGCGCGCGGACGGGGCCGAGCGCGGCGCCGCACCGACGCUCUGCCCAGCUGAGCUGGGCGAAGGAGGAGCCCUGUCCUCUGCCAGCAACCACGGAGCCUCGGUGCCCAGUGCUCCCAGAKUCUUGUACAAAUGGCUAGAAGCAGAUCUCCAUGGCAAGAGCUCAGAUGCUGCAGACAAAGCCGCAGGGGAGAACUUUGACCAGAGCCCCUUGAGAAGGACGUUCAAGUCCAAGGUUUUGGCUCAUUACCCGCAGAACAUCGAGUGGAAYCCCUUCGAUCAGGAUGCCGUCAACAUGCUGUGCAUGCCCAAAGGGCUGUCGUUCCGGACGCAGGCGGACAGCAGGGAGCCGCAGCUCCACUCCUUCCUCAUCACGCGCGAGGACGGCUCCCGCACCUACGGCUUCGUGCUCACCUUCUACGAGGAGGUCACGAGCAAGCAGAUCUGCACGGCCAUGCAGACGCUCUACCAGAUGCACAACGCCGAGCAGCAGGGCAGCGUCUGCGCCUCGUCCUCGUGCAGCAUGGACUCGCUGGCCAGCAGCGGCGACGAGGGCGACGCCACGUCCCUCGCCAAGCUGCAGCGCUACAACUCCUACGACAUCAGCAGGGACGUGCUCUACGUGUCCAAAUGCAUCUGCCUCAUCACGCCGCUGCCCUUCAUGCAGGCMUGCAAGAAGUUCCUGGUGCAGCUCUACAAGGCCGUGACGUCGCAGCAGCCGCCGCCGCUGCCGCUGGAGAGCUACAUCCACAACAUCCUGUACGAGGUGCCCCUGCCGCCGCCGGGCAGGUCGCUCAAGUUCUACGGCGUUUACGAGCCCAUCGUUUGCCAGAGGCCGGGUCCCAACGAGCUGCCGCUGUCUGACUACCCGCUGCGGGAGGUCUUCGAGCUGCUGGGCUUGGAGAACCUCGUGCAGGUUUUCACGUGCGUCCUCCUGGAGAUGCAGAUCCUGCUGUACUCCCAAGAUUACCAGCGGCUCAUGACGGUGGCGGAAGGCAUCACCACGCUCCUGUUCCCCUUCCAGUGGCAGCACGUGUACGUGCCCAUCCUGCCCGCGUCUCUGCUGCACUUCUUGGACGCCCCCGUUCCCUACCUGAUGGGCCUGCAGUCCAAGGAGGGGACGGACCGCUCCAAGCUGGAGCUCCCCCAGGAGGCAAACUUGUGCUUUGUGGAUAUUGAUAACCAUUUCAUAGAACUGCCGGAAGAAUUUCCCCAGUUCCCCAACAAACUGGAAUUCAUCCAGGAGAUCUCCGAGGUUCUCCUGCAGUUUGGGAUCCCCCCGGAAGGUAACCUGCACUGCAGCGAAAGUGCCACCAGGCUCAAGAACUUGGUUCUCAAUGACUUGGUGAACGACAAGAAGAACGGGAACAUCCCCAGCAACGCGCUCAACAUGUACGAGUUGCUGAAAGGCAACGAAACCAUCGCCCGCCUCCAAGCUCUGGCCAAGAGAACGGGCGUYGCGGUGGAAAAAAUGACCAUCACCCCUGCCCUGGUGGACAAGGACCGGGACGUGAAGCUGCAGUGUGAGGAGCUGGAGCUGAGGGACUACAAACUCAACGUGCAGCUCCGGGAGGUCUUCGCCAACCGCUUCACGCAAAUGUUUGCAGACUACGAGGCUUUUGUCAUCCAAGCUGCACCCGACAUGGAGUCCUGGCUGACAAACAGGGAACAAAUGCAAAACUUUGACAAAGCUUCCUUCCUUUCGGACCAACCUGAGCCUUACCUCCCAUUCCUCUCUCACUUCAUUGAAACACAGAUGUUUGCAACCUUCAUAGAUAAUAAAAUAAUCUCUCAGUGGGAAGAGAAGGACCCUUUUCUGCGAGUGUUUGACUCUCGAAUCGAGAAAAUAAGGCUAUAUAAUGUGAGGGCCCCUGCACUGCGGACAUCCAACUACCAGAAAUGCACCACUUUGAAAGAAGCAGCCCAGUCCAUCGAGCAGCGGCUGAUGAAGAUUGAUCACACGGCCAUCCACCCCCACCUCCUUGAUAUGAAGAUUGGCCAGGGGAAAUACGAGCAAGGCUUUUUCCCCAAGUUGCAAUCAGAUGUCUUGGCGACUGGACCCACGAACAACAACCGCUGGGCCAGCCGCAGCRCCACGGCGCAGCGCAGGAAGGACCGCCUGCGGCAGCACUCGGAGCACAUCGCGCUGGACAACGACCUGCGCGAGAAAUACAUGCAGGAGGCGAGAAGUUUAGGAAAAAAUCUAAGGCAGCCCAAGCUCUCGGACCUCUCUCCAGCUGUUAUUGCACAGACCAACUGCAAAUUUGUGGAAGGGCUACUGAAGGAAUGUCGCAUGAAGACUAAACGCAUGUUGGUAGAGAAGAUGGGCCACGAAGCAGUGGAGCUCGGACACGGAGAAGCCAACAUCACAGGUCUGGAGGAAAAUACAUUAAUUGCAAGUCUGUGUGAUCUGCUAGAAAGAAUCUGGAGCCACGGUCUGCAGGUCAAGCAGGGGAAAUCGGCUUUGUGGUCCCAUUUACUUCAAUACCAGGAGAGAGAAGAGAAGCAGGAGCAUAGUGCAGAGUCCCCAGUUGCUGUUGGAACAGAAAGAAGAAAGUCUGAUACAGGAAUUACUCUGCCUACCUUGAGGGUUUCCCUGAUACAAGAUAUGAGGCACGUUCAGAACAUGAGUGAGAUCAAGACAGACGUGGGGCGAGCCCGAGCCUGGAUCCGGCUUUCCCUGGAGAAGAAGCUUUUGUCCCAGCACCUGAAGCAGCUGCUUUCCAACCAGGGGCUCGCCAAGAAACUUUACAAGCGCUACGCGUUCCUGCGCUGCGAGGAGGAGCGGGAGCAGUUCCUGUAUCACCUGCUCUCGCUCAACGCCGUCGACUACUUCUGCUUCACGAGCGUCUUCACCACCAUCAUGAUCCCCUAUCGGUCCGUGAUAAUCCCCAUCAAAAAGCUCAGCAAUGCGAUAACCACGUCGAACCCCUGGAUUUGUGUCUCGGGAGAGCUGGGAGACACAGGCAUAAUGCAGAUUCCUAAAAACCACCUGGAAAUGACAUUUGAGUGCCAGAAUUUAGGAAAGCUGACGACGGUUCAGAUCGGCCACGACAACUCAGGGCUCUUAGCCAAGUGGCUGGUCGACUGUGUCAUGGUCAGAAACGAAAUAACGGGCCACACGUACAGGUUUCCGUGCGGCCGCUGGCUGGGGAAAGGGGUGGACGACGGCAGCCUGGAGCGCCUGCUCAUCGGGGAGCUGGUGCCGUCGGCGUGCGACGAGGAGCUGGGCCGGCCGUGCCGCACGCCGCCGCAGCAGAGGUCACCCACGGCGGCGCGCAGGCUCAGCAUCACCUCGCUGGCCGCCCGCAGCAGCAAGCCUAACGCGGGGCAGAUCCAGGAGGGAAUCGGAGAAGCUGUGAACAACAUCGUGAAACAUUUUCACAAGCCAGAGAAAGAGAGRGGGAGCCUCACCAUCCUGCUGUGCGGAGAGAACGGCCUCGUUGCGGCGCUGGAGCAGGUCUUCCACCACGGCUUCAAAUCAUCACGCAUUUUUCAUAAGAACGUCUUCCUCUGGGAUUUCAUAGAAAAAGCUGUUGCUUAUUUUGAAACCAGUGACCAGAUUGGAGACCACGAGGAGGGCCUUUUGCUUCAGAGAUCUUCGUGCAAAUCCUUCUGUCAUUACGUGACUGCCAUCAAUACAGCUCCGAGGAACAUUGGGAAGGACGGCAAAUUCCAAAUCCUGGUUUGCCUGGGAACUAGGGACCACUUGCUGCCCCAGUGGAUCCCGCUGCUGGCCGAGUGCCCGCCCAUCACGCGCAUGUACGAGGAGAGCGCCCUGCUCCGGGACCGCCUGGCCGUCAACUCCCUGCUCCGCGUCCUGCACACCUUGCAGGACUUCAACGUCGUCCUCGAGGGCUCGCUCAUCAAGGGGGUGGAUGUUUAGCCGGGCUCUGCCCAGGACUUGGCCUCGCCGACAGCCGGGACUGGGACGCGGCGGCGCCGGCGCUCGGCCCCGGGGCGCCGCAGCGGGACUGUCCUCCGGGGCCGCCACGAGCGACAGGGCAGUAUUGUAGUUUAUUUGGAACAGAAAUUUAGUAUAAAAAUAGAGUAUUUUCAUGUGUUAGAUGUGUGUAAAUACGCUAUCUUCUCUAAGAAAUUAUAUUGCUCCAAGAACGUUUUCUUAAGCUGAAUGUUCUCGUCCUGGAUAUGAGUAGCUCACAGCCCGGGGAGGAAGGAGCGAGGCCGGAAGCGAUGCCGCUGCUUGCCUGCAAGGAGGAAGCCAACUGAUGCCCAAGCCCGGCGCAGCCUCCGCAGGGCUUUUCCCAGGUGUCGUGCUCGUCUCGCUCUUGGGAGCGUUGCAGGCGCCUGCCCGGUUCCCUGCUGUUCGUGCUCUCCCUCCGGGUUCAUUUUGUUGUUGUUCGUUUGUCUGUCCCACGCACGGAAGCUGAGACCUGUCGCCUUGUCCUUCCGGGGCUCCUUCGAGUCACCCCUGUCAGUCUCCAGAGGGGAGGCAAGUGCGGAAAGGCUCCAACACUGGAACUGCCUGGGAAGCUCCUGCUGAAGCUGCGGAGAUGGGGAACAACGGGGGGCUCCGGGCUUUGUCCCUCGUCCCCCUGCACAUCCUGAAGACCCCUCCUCACAACCGCCCCACCGCCAGUGGGUGUCGUGGGUGACUUUUUUCUUUUCCUUAGUGUGUAUAUAUAUGUAUGUUGAGGAAUUUGGUGAGAUGCACCAAAUUCUUGCUGUACUUGAGCAGAAUCACUGCUGUGGAGCCACACACGCCGAUGUUGCUGUGCUACUGAACUGUCCCAGCCCGUUUCGAAAUGCUGGCAGGUUACGAGUCUUCCUCUAUCCUGCAGCAUAAGUGUUCCUAGCAAGUGUAGGGGCUUUCACUACUACUCUUUUUU